AUGAAGCCCUCGGUUUACUUUUUAACCGUUUUCAUAGUUCUCCUUUUACCAACGGCGAUGCCUCACGACUACUCCGAUGCCCUUAGAAAGUCAAUCCUUUUCUUCGAAGGUCAACGCUCUGGUCGUCUUCCCAUACAACAAAGGAUGACGUGGCGUGGUAAUUCUGCACUCAACGACGGCGAAAACCUCGAAACCGACCUCGUUGGUGGUUACUACGACGCCGGAGACAACGUUAAGUUUCAUUUUCCGAUGGCUUUUACGGCUACGAUGCUUGCUUGGAGCUCUUUAGAAUUCGGAAGUUACAUGUCUCCGAAUGAUAUCGGACACAAUCUUGUUGCUCUCAAGUGGGCCACUGAUUAUCUGCUUAAGACCGUUUCACAACUCCCUAAUCGCAUUUUCGUCCAAGUAGGUGAAGCACAACCGGACCAUGAUUGUUGGGAGAGACCUGAAGAUAUGGACACACCACGAACCGCUUUUGCCUUGGAUGCACCACAGCCAGCCUCCGAUUUAGCGGGAGAAAUCGCGGCAGCUUUAGCAGCCGCUUCAAUCGCAUUCAAACAGUCAAAUCCUAGAUAUUCUAGAAUUCUGCUUGAUAAAGCCGUGAAAACGUUUCAGUAUGCGGAUUUACAUCGAGGUUCUUAUACCGAUAAUCUGGAUGUGAACCAAGCCGUUUGCCCUUUUUAUUGCAGUGUUAAUGGAUAUAAGGAUGAGUUGCUAUGGGGAGCUGCGUGGCUGAGAAGAGCGACCGGUGAUGAUUUUUACCUAAUGUACUUGGUGAAAAAUCGUCAAGUUUUCGGUGCAGAUUUCAAUUAUUUCGAGUUUGGCUGGGACAACAAAGUUGGGGGUGUUAAUGUUCUCAUUGCUAAGGAAGUAUUCGAAAAGAAUGUGACUGCGUUAACAGCAUAUAAAGAUACAGCGGAAAAAAUGAUGUGUUCAUUCUUGCCGGAAACACCCGGUCCACAUAUGACUUACACUCCCGGCGGUCUCCUUUACAAACGCGGAAGCACCCAGCUCCAGAACACGGCCGCACUUUCUUUCCUUCUCCUUACCUAUGCCGAUUACCUCUCUAAAUCCUCUCAGCAACUCAACUGCGGUAGCCUUAAAUUUCAACCGGAUUCUCUUCGCCGCAUUGUCAAACGUCAGGUGGAUUACGUUUUGGGAGAUAACCCAAUGAAGUUGUCAUACAUGAUUGGGUAUGGUGACCAGUACCCGCAACAGGUCCACCACCGUGGCUCGUCUAUACCGUCUCGUAUGGUUCAUCCUAAUGCCUUUGGGUGCGUACAAGGAUGGAGUAUUUUCUCAUCACCCAAUCCAAACCCGAACAUUCUAGUAGGUGCGGUGAUUGGCGGACCUGAUGUGGAUGAUACAUUUAUUGGAGGUCGGACAAAUGCUAGCGAGACGGAGCCCACGACGUACAUCAAUGCACCUUUUGUUGGUAUCUUUGCGUAUUUUAAAAGCAAUCCCGAGUUCUCUUGA